CAUGGUCUCUUCCUUGGAUUUAUAAUAAUUAUAAAAUGGUCUUCGCCUUCGAUUUACAAUUAUGUUUUUAAAAUUGUAGAGCACUGAUUGCUCUCCCCAGCCUUAUGCUCGGUGCGCGUGUGAGGCACGGAUGAGAGCAAUAUGGCGGAAAGCAAGAGUGGCCGAAAGAAGAAAACGUCGGCUGAGCACAUGGCUCGCCUGGCAGAUAUGGUGCGAGAGAACAGCCAGAAGAAAAAGAAACCUGUUCAGGUUGUUUUCAAGAGACACCCAUCUACAGGAAUGCGGAUCCACACGUCUAAAUACAGACCUGGAAGAAAAAAUAUAAGACCUACGGCUACGGCUACAGGAAAGCGACCAGCAUGCCUGUCUCCUGAAAGAACAUUGGAAGAACGCGAGUUGUCCGGAGACAUCUCCUGGGAUAGUGAAAUGUGCACAGAAAUUGAUAGUGACCAUGAUUCCAUUUGUAAAAGUGAUGCAUUGGAUAACCUCAUAAUUGAAACCCAGAUGUUUCUGGAUAAUUGCAAGAAGAAAAAGGUUAUGUCCUGGAAAGAACGAAAGAAGAAUGCCAACAUUUGCUGGGAAUCGUCCAGGCCUAAGAUCUUCAAGGCAAUGGUAGAGAUGCAAACCCCCGGUGAAGCUUUGUGCAGUAUUUGUGAGGAGGUACCUGCAUUAAUCCGCUGCUUUCAAUGUAUUGGAGGUCACCAAAACUUUUGUGGAUCUUGUGAUGUCGAUUGGCAUAGGAUGCUACCAUUUCAUGACAGAGAGAUUUUUCAGGCUGGGUAUUAUGAAUAUGUACCAUCUACAAUGGGUUUAAGUAAUGAAUCCCAAGUUAUCACCAUCAGUAAGUAA